CAUGUUUCGUUCAGUUGGUUUGGCUAUCAAUGGCUUUCUUUGGCCUUUCCUCCCGGGUUAAUCUUGUCUUUAUUGCUACGGCCGUAUGCAUUGUCUCGAAUAUCGGGCUUCGACUGAACAAUGGCUUCGAAACCGAAAUGUACUCCGAGUUCUUCUGCUGGACUCUAUUAUCGGUCUUGUGGCAGUCCAGAAGAUUCGUGGAGAUACCAGUCGCAGAUUUUGAUUUGCGACUAUCUCCCGCGGAAGCAACGGCGCUGGCGACAGGUAUCAGUGCCAGUUCCCUCUUCCGUGGUAUUGAGGAUGUUGGCUGGAUAAGUCCACUUUUAACCCUUUCGUUAAUGGGUUACCGUCUGUUUCUGAACGACUCUGGCCUCCCCUCAUGGACCAAUGUAUCGACUUCAUGGCUUUCUUCUCUUAGAAACAUAUCGAACUUGUUCCGGUCAUUCUGGACUGCGACUCCGAUUGCCAUCGUCUCCUCCUUCAGCUUGUUGCGCGAUCCCUCAGGUCCCAAGCUUAUCCUGUCUAUGUCCUUUCUUGCAUCCCAGCUUGCAAUAUACAUACCCAUCACGAGGUCCAUAGACGCCCUAAAAAAAAACUCAGGGAAGGAACGGCUAUCAGGUGGCAUUAGACAUGUAGGAUUGCGUGUACUGUUGAUUGCGCCUGUGCUUGCACUUUCAGUCGUUAUUGGGUCAAGAGGUGCAAUAGAGUUGGACCGGCCUGUCGUUGAUAUAGUUGAGGCCAGUGUUCUAAAAGUUUUGUCGUGGGCUUCUCUGCUCUACAUUGUAAAUAAGGAGGUCUUGGUCGAGGCCGCUACAAUAAUUUCCACUGUUUCCUUUUGCGCUGCUUACUAUCCUCUUUUUAAUGGAAUUCAAGCGUUGUAUCCUGUAGUUCCGGCAGUACUGGCGCUUUAUCAAAUUGUUCAUUUCGCGACAAAGUCAUUUAACGCGCGGCAUGCGGUUUUCAUAUUCGUUCUCUUACUUUGUCUAGGCGCUACUCCAUAUAUCACGCAUGUCCUAAAAUCCCCUUUGCAAGUCAGCGAGCAUCCGAUCGAGAUUCUCAUCCAAAAGUUCACAGAAGACUUCAGCUCAGUCUUAACGCGCCAGUCUUCUACCGUGGAGGAGGCUCGUCAGAAUUACCGAGCUCGAUAUGGAAGAUCUCCCCCGGAAGGGUUUGAUGGGUGGGUCACAUUUGCCCUCGAACGCCUCUCACCCCUAAUUGACGACUUCGACUCGAUUGAUGAGUCUCUUCGACCAUAUUGGAAGUUCAGUGGGGCUCAAUUGAGGACCAAUCUUCAGGACGCGUUAACCAAUCCGGAUUCCAGACUCAUGACCUUCUCUUUCAAAGAAGGCUUGACUGGUCUCGGCAACAGUGGAUGGAUUGGAAAUGAACUCGAUUCCAUGCUAAGAGGUGCCGGGCUUCCCGAUUUACAAAUGACAAUCAAUCAACUCGAUGAGCCCCGAGUGUUGCUUUCUCGUGAGCCUGAGGUCGAACACGACGUUCAAUUCUUUGACUCCAGUCGAACAUCGAACUGGGACCUCAUGGUUGAGUCAUGCGAAGGGGUAUAUUCACCAUCUCAUCCUCGAACCCCACUUGACACAUUUGGGUUGCCAUUUGUCCAGCAUGCAGAUCACGAGACGGAUCUCUGUCGGCAUCCCGAAUUCAAGUCUCUCCAUGGAUUCCUUGAUUCACCAGAGACUUUCAUAUAUACAAACUCGGCUGUCCCGGUGUUCUCCCAAGCGAAGCCUUCUACCUUUUCUGAUAUACUCUAUCCGAGUCCAUUCUACAGUGCUUUAUAUAGCCAGGGACAUUACAAUGAAAACGAUGAUCCUCCCUGGUCAGACAAAAAAAAUCGACUGUACUGGGCAGGCUCCACUACCGGCAGCCACCAAGCUAGUACAUGGAAAUCCCAUCAUCGACAGCGGUUCAUCGCAUUGGUUAAUAGCCUUGAUAACUCCACACAUACGUUCCUAAUCGAGAGCAAACCUGGGAAUUGGGUCCCGACAAUGUCCCAUGAGAUCUUCUCUCAACUCUAUGACGCCAAAUUCACCGACGUCAUCCAAUGCGAAGGGGCAACUUGUGAUGAAGAGAAGGGGUUUUUCCACCUAGAAGAGCGUGAAGGAUAUGGUACAGCCUUCAAAAAUCAUUUUCUCUUUGACCUGGACGGGAACUCGUUCUCUGGACGGUACUAUACACUGUUGCGGUCCCGGUCAGCUGUACUCAAACAAACCAUCUUCCGGGAGUGGCAUGAUGACCGGCUUGUACCAUGGGUACACUAUAUUCCAAUAAGCCUCAGUCUACAUGAGUUGCCUGAGGUAAUGCGAUAUUUCGCUUUAACAGAUGUCGGAAUAGAAGCAGCAAGGAAGAUUGCAGAGCAAGGCAGGGAGUGGCAGCACAAGGCCUUACGAUUACAGGAUAUGAGUGUCUAUUUAUAUCGGCUAUUGUUAGAAUACGCCAGACUGCUGGAUACGUUAAGACCAGCUGGAGAAUAUGAUAAAAUUGAGUAGCUGUUGAGAUUUGAAGAUCUGAAGUUCAUCAGAUUCAGCUAGACCGGUAGUGAGAGCUUUCCCACGCCCAAUGCUAUUUGGAAUUCGAUCAAUUCCCUUUCUUCAACG